GUGACCAAAGGCGCGGCCACAUCGGGUAAAGUAGAAGUCUUCAAUAUUUUGAGUAGAUUCGCUCUUAAAUUGGCGGGGUUUUUUUGUCGAAGCCCAGGAGUCACCAGCUGAACAUUAUACACACAAACACACCCUCUGGCUGUGUAAGUGUGUGAGUGCGCGUGAGGUGCCACAUCGUAACAGGAACAGAGUGAGUGUUGGAAGACGAGCAUCGUCAUCAUCAUGUUGCUGCCUCUGCUGCUGUUGCUGCAGUUGUUGGUCUUUGUUUCUUGCGCUCCUCCACGGUGUGACCCGACAGUUAGAGGACUAUGCAAGCCAAUAUUGGAAGAUAAACCCAAAUGUGAAGAUAUCAUGUUCUCCUACUGCACCGACAUGACCUACACACAGACCAUGUUCCCAAACAUCCUGGGCCACAGGGCCCGUGAGGAGGCAGAGGCAAGCGCCGAGUAUAUGCUGAUGAGCGUGGCGGAGACACUUCUGGGUGGAGAGUGCAACCCUGACAUCCGCAUGCUGGGCUGCUCAGUUUUGUCGCCACGCUGUGAAAAGGCCAAACUGCUGAAGCCCUGCCGCAGCACCUGCGAGGAGGUGCAUAAAAAGUGCAGCCAUGUUUUUGAUGGGAUCGAUAUGGCCUGGCCCUACUUCCUGGACUGUGACCGCUUUUUUUUCAGUGAAGAAGAAGGAUGUUAUGACCCACUGGUUGGACUCAAAGCUGAUAGAACUGUUGAGAAUGAAGACGACAUGGAAAUGGAGAUUGUUCCUCCAGAGGAGCCUCAGACCUCAAUAAAGUUCACCUAUCACACCCACGUCCAGAUGACUAGUAUUCUAAAGAAAACUGAGGAACAGUGCUCCAGCAUAGCCACCACUUACAGCAUCGGCCGCAGCACGGAGGGCCGAGAGCUGCUGGUCAUUGAGUUCUCAAACAACCCUGGCCAGCACGAGCUGCUGGAACCAGAGAUAAAGUAUGUUGGCAACAUGCAUGGAAAUGAAGUCCUAGGUCGUCAGCUGCUCAUCUACUUGGCUCAGUACCUCUGCUCUGAGUAUCUGCUUGGUAAUGAACGCAUCCAGACUCUCAUCAACACCACCCGCAUCCACAUUCUGCCAUCCAUGAACCCUGACGGAUAUGAGUUGGCUGUUACUGGAGUCCAGGACAGUGGCUAUGAUGACGGUGACGACCAGCAGGGUCGUCAAUAUGAUUCAUGGAACAUCGGCCGGAACAACGCUCAAAACAUAGACCUGAACAGAAACUUCCCUGAUUUAACCUCCAUUGUUUACGGUCGCCGCAGACAAAGAGUCUUACGCACUGAUCAUGUCCCAAUCCCAGACUAUUACUGGUUUGGUAAGGUUGCACCAGAGACCUACGCCGUCAUGAAAUGGAUCCGCUCAAUUCCCUUCAUGCUCUCUGCAAACUUCCACGGUGGGGAUCUGGUGGUGUCGUAUCCCUACGAUCUGUCUAAACACCCACAACAGUACAACAUGCUCUCACAGACUCCUGAUGAUCAGGUGUUUAAGUUUCUGGCCAGCGCUUAUGCCAAUGCCCACGAAACCAUGUCAUUUGAAAACGCCAGGUGUGGAACGUCCCACUCUGUCAGUCAGAAAGGAAUUGUCAACGGAGCACAGUGGUCCAGCUUUGCGGGAGGUAUGCAGGACUUCAACUAUCUUCACACCAACUGUUUUGAAGUAACCGUGGGACUGGGCUGUGACAAGCACCCCCCUGAGGAGGAUCUCUUUAUGGCCUGGCAUGAAAACCUGGAGGCUUUGCUCACAUUUAUGGAGCAUGCUCAUCAAGGCAUCAAAGGACUUGUUAAAGAUGAGAAUGGGAAUGGAAUAAAAGGUGCACGGAUCUCAAUCAAAGGAAUACGCCAUGAUGUUACUACAGUUGAAAAUGGAGAAUACUGGCGCCUCCUCACCCAUGGCACCCACAUCAUCUCCGCCUCAGCCCCGGGCUACACCAAAGUCAUGAAGAAGGUCCGCAUUCCUCCUCGCAUGCAGACAGCGGGCCGGGUGGACUUUGUGCUGCAGAAAGCUGCAGCAGAUGCUGAGGCGACAGAGGCCAACCCCACGCCCUCAACCGCGGCCGACUAUGACCGCUUUGACCCUUAUAACCAGUAUGAGCGCUACACCAUGAUUGCUGAUAUGAGCCAGAUCCGUGAGGAGAGAGCGGAAAAGCCCUGGUGGUGGAACUACUUUAUCCUGCCAGGUAGACCUGCCCCCACCUGGCUGCUAAAACACUUUUAGAGCACUUAAAAAAGAUGAAGUAGAAUUGGUUUCAGUGAGGUAACCUUUCCCUCCAACUCUAGUAACAAUGUUGACCAGUUGAAGCCAAACCUCAAACCUACAUUUUUUUUCAAAUAUAGUCUAACCACAAACCAAAAAUGAUCAGAUUUUACACAGAGAGCCAAAUAAACCAGAUUUUUUUAAUUUGCUCAAAUAAAAACACCCUAAUAUAAGGAAAGGUUAUAUUAUUAUUAUUAUUAUUAUUAAGUAUCAGUAAGGCAAACUAUGUAUGGAGUAAGCUGCAUUUUAAACUCUCAAGCUCAGUAGUGAUCAAUUCAGCUACACUGGUCUUACUCUUGGCUCUCACAUUCUGACAUCUGGAUGUCGAGCAGCUCCAAGUGCAUAAGCUUUUGCUGUGACGAUGGAUAUACAAAGAAAUCCAUAUACGCAGGCCAUAAAAUGCAAGACAUCUCAUAUUUGUACUUUUCCACAAUUUUAUAGCAUAAAUAAAUUUUUAUAUAGGUUAUAUCUCAUCCAGUCAGAUACACUUCGUUGCAUUAAUUCUUCCUUAAUUACACAGUCAAUUUUUGAUGGUUUCUUGACUGAACAACUUUGAAUCCCCCUGACUUCGUCUAUUUAGGAGGUUCCUUCCAUAUUUGACCACUAGAAGGUGGACUAUCAGCUUUAUGUGGUUCCGGUUUCUUAAAAAAACAUAAUGGCUGUGUAUUUUCAUUUAUUUAUUGCAAAUAUGAAGCAUGCCUAUUUUUUAUUUUGUAAGCAUAACAGUGAUAAUAACAAUAAUAAACAAAUCAGUAGAGAACUGAGCAGUGGAGGCUGCGUGGAACAAUUGUAAAUAACAGUAGUCCUGCAGGUCUGGUCAAGUCUGCAUAAACAUAAAGGAAUCAUGUGAAAGUCAGCCAAGCCUCAGAUUAAGUUUAAGGAAUAAUUGAAGAAAAUCAUAGAAGAAUGUCUGAACCACUUGACCCAUUGCAAGUGAGUGGAAUAUUGUACCAGGCUUCUGAGAGGAUUUAACAAACACAUUAUUUGGCACCAAACCUGGUCUGGCAUGAGGGUCUUGGCUCCUCUUCAACCAAAUUAAACUGAUCCUGAGCUGGAAAAUCUACUUGACCUCAAAUGAAGUCAAAUAAGACACUAAACUUAAAUGCAGAGACUGGAAAUCUGCAGCGUGUGUGGCCUUGUUUUGAGAAGGAAAAAAAAAGAAGUAAGGAGUUCUAUUUGUUUCUUUUUUUGUUUUGUUUUGUACAGUUUUGCACAUUUUGGGUGGUCUCUUUCAGAAUGCACGCAUUAUUUAAUAAAAUGCACAUUGUCCCUAUUAAUAAUAUUUAUUCAAAGCUUUAAACUGUAAGGUUUAUUUUAUUUUUUAUUUUUGCUGAAUAAUUUCACUGUUAAGGUUUUAUCUUAACGCUGAUGUGAUCACAGAACCCUAAAUAGCAUAGUCAUUAUGUUAUGUUAAGUUUUCCUAAAUUCCUCAGAGUUUUCAUCUAAAUCAAAGCUGGAGCCACUGUUCCACAAUUUUAUAUUUUUAGGGACUGUUGAAUCCAGACAUUAAUGUCACAACCAGUCAGACCUUGUGUAGAAAACGCUUUUUUACAAAUUGAUUCCUGUCGUUGAGGCCUCAGAGACUAAGUGUUAAACAGACCUGUGCUAUUUUUUCAUAUUAAAGAAAGAGUACCUUGU